AUGUUUAUUUCAUUUUUUUCAUCUUUAUUUAUUCUGCCAAUAUUUAUCUUACUAUUAGAAAAAAGAUGUAGGUGUAUUAACGAUUCUCAUCCAUCUUCAAAAACAAAAUAUUUAAAAAUAUGUACAGGGUGUCCAAAAAUUGAUGCUCUUAAGAUCAAUAAAAUACUCCAAACAUUGAGCCUUGGACACAAUGGAAUUGGUGAUGAAGGAACACGUCAUCUCAGUGAUGCUUUCAAAAUUAAUCAAACUAUCAACGCAAUCAAUCUUCAUACCAAUCAAAUAGGAGACCAAGGAGCGUCUUGUCUUAGUGAUACUCUCAUGAAUAAUCAAAUCAAUGAUCAAGGAGCAUGUCAUCUUGCUGAUGCUCUGAAAGUGAAUGAAACAAUCUUAGUACUCAAAAUUGGUUUUAAUCUAAUUGCGGCACAAACGAUAGAUGGUUUACCUGAUGAUGUUAAGAGAAGAAUGACAUUACAGAUGUAA